ACUGAGGCCCAGAAGGGAAAGCCUUCUUCAGAGAUCUAAGCCAGCUGCCCUGCUUCAACUGCAAGAAGAGCAAAAAGCUGGAGAGAGCUGCAUGUAAACCCUUCUGGAUGCACAGCGGAGAGCAGAUCAGACGCUCCUAGCAUGAGAAACAAACUGAUCUUUGCAGGAUUUGCUUUGCUCAAGACUUCCAGGCCUUAAAGGUCACUCUCUGCCCUGAGAGGGGUGUGUGUGGGGUGGGGGGGGCUACUCAGGAACACUGACCUCUAAGGUUAAGUGGAAUCAGUUUGUGUGUAGAGAGAAGGGGAGGAGGGGGAAGUUUGUGGGAGGUGGGAGGCCACAGCAGGGCUCCUGCACUUCUCAAGAAGGAGACGAAGCAGUUGUCAAGAAGCAGUGGAAAAGGAGGAGAUGGCGACGGGAGGAAUCACAGCACUUCCCGCCGUACCUGAAGACAGCAGCAGCACCGGCUUUCCUCCUGGGAACUUCAAGGACCCCAAGAGGCUGUACUGUAAAAAUGGGGGCUAUUUCCUGAGGAUUAAACCCGACGGGGGUGUGGAUGGAAUCCGGGAGAAAAACGACCCCCACAUUAAGCUUCAGCUGCAGGCGACCUCGGUGGGGGAGGUCGUCAUCAAAGGAAUUUGCGCAAACCGUUAUCUGGCGAUGAACAGAGAUGGACGGCUGUUUGGUGCGAGACGACCAACAGACGAGUCCUACUUCCUAGAAAGGCUCGAGAGCAACAACUACAACACCUACCGCUCCAGGAAGUACCCCAGCAUGUACGUGGCGCUGAAGAGGACCGGCCAGUACAAGUCCGGAAACAAAACCGGACCGGGUCAGAAGGCCAUUCUCUUUCUGCCGAUGUCGGCGAAGCGCUAAGCCAGGAAUCGGAGCGACAGAGACAGAGGCGUCUUUGUGAAGGCAAUGACCUGUGAUGCAUUGACAUUGCCUAAAAGAGCUGUGACGAUUUGACUCUUUCCUCCUGAACAUAUUGAAUAUUAUUCAACUUUACCUUCAAACAGUGCCACAUAUUUAAAAGUAUAACUCCAGGACUACUCUACAGCAAGGUGUCGUAAAGUAACUAGAGGCAAACGCAGUAAAAUCUAUAUUUAAUGUUGCAGGAACAUUUCCAUAAUGUUUGAUAGAUAAAAAUGAGCUUUUAAAGCUUUCUGUUAUCUCUGUAAGAUAGAUUAGUGCAAAAUCAGACUCAGUUAAACUGAUUUAGACUUUAAAAAGGCAAGUAUCAAAUCAAAAAGGGGGGUGUGUGAUAAAUAAUGCAUUUUAUAUCAGCCAUGGAAGGGAAACUUAUCCUGAGACACUAAGAACCUCCAGUAUGAACACAUGUUUUAACGGUCCGGUCUCUAAACGGGAUCAAUACUGGACCAUAAAACACUAACUGAGCUCUAUGAAAGAACAGGGAGCUGUCUGUGGUACAGCUGGUAAAACAUCCCAGAGUAAACGGCGGGCAGCUCCUCCAUGGUGAGGUCGAUCUUGUCAAAGCCGUGCUCCAAACCGUGCAGCAGCAGCCGGGCGAUGCGGGAGGUGAUGGGCGUGGUGCUGCUGGUCUCGGCCAGCUCGCUCACGUUCAGCCACUCGCAGCGCAGACACUCGUGGGUGCAGAAGUUGAUGUCGUAGGUGAUCGGGCUCAGCCGGCAGAUGAUGUACAUGUCCGACAUGCCGAAGGCCCCGGGAUGCUGGUGCUGCUGCCGGAUGCUGAGCAGGGAUCUGAACUCUGAGCGCACGCCCGUCUCUUCGAACACUUCACGGACAGCCGUGGCACCUGGGGGAGAUUCGGUACAGAUAUCUGUCUCUGUGCAAACGUCUUAAAAAACCACAUAUUUCUUUAGACUUUGCUUCCUAUGAGUCCAACUUUACUGCAAUUUCUAAACAGUCUUCAUCAUUUGUUCUUAAAAGUUGUAAAAGUCUUUUCCCUUGGAUUUUGGUCUCUUUUUACUCAGUUACUGAAGGUCAACAACAGCCUUUAUAUAUUUCAUGUUACAUGUAGUAAAACGCGGUAUAUCCUUAAUAUAUUUAGAGUGGAGUCAUGAAAAUCUGAACCUACUGUCUCUUUAAGCCCAUACAGCUUAAAAAAGAUCGAUCCCAUUCCAAGAUCAAUCACAAUCUUGAACUAAAAUCACUCUAAGGUUGUUUUUCUUUAACCUCAAAGUUUUACCUGCAAACUGUCCUACCGAUAAUUGAAACCAUUUUAACAUUUUCCUUCAGUUAGUUUCACUAAAAUUGUUAGAAAAUCUGUUUCUUGAAAGCUGAAGUUAACAUACGAAUUGUAACCUAUGAAUAAAUAGCUGGUGUUACCUGGACAACCAGAGGUUAGGAGCUGAAUCAGACACCAGCUUUAGUGUUGAUGUUUAUUGUUUUCUUUAAAGGGGCAGGAACUGAUGUAAGAGGAGCCUUCGCUGGAUGACUAAUUGAUGGAAAUACAUUCACUGUAUUUUCACUGUCACAAAACCAAGGUGAAAAUCUGCCAGGGCAAAUCUAAAUGACCUAUUGUUAUAAAAAAAUCUCUGAAAUGUCCAAUUAUCUUAGAUUCAACCUAUAAUUUUUAGCUUUGUGGAAUCCUGCUUUUGAUCUCACUUAGUGUUCAUUUUAAUUUAAUCCCUUUUUUCUUUUUAGAAUUGAUCAUGUCUCAAAUAGUAUUGGAUAUCUGGUAGUUCUGGCUCCAUAAUUUUUGUAGCUAACCUCUAAACACUGGUUGCUGUGAUGUUCAUGAAAGCGCCCAAAGUCAAAGGAAAAAUUAAUAAUCUAGUAAUAUGGAUCACUUCAAUUUACUCCAGGAACCAGAACCGUUUGGAAGCAAAAUCUGAAGAAAUUAGCGGUAAAAUUAAGACAUCUGCACAGAGCUAAAACGAGGGAAAACAUUUACAGGACCCUGACAAUUAUAAAUAUGUUUAUUCUGCUUCCAGUCUGUAUUUUAAACAACCUUUUUGUAAAAACCUAGUUUGAUGCUGCUUUUCAGGUGGAAUCAUGUAAAUAAUUUCAACGCUGCUUUUAAAAUGUUACAGAGGCUCCAGUGGGACAAUGAAGAUCUAUAUCAUGUGCCUUUAUUUGUACAGGUUAAUUGAAUGUAUAGGUUAUUUUUAAAGGGAUUUAUUUAGCUGUACUGUAGUAUUUUAACUUUCUCUGCUGACUGUGGCACUCACCAAUAUUCUCUCCUGGAUCAGACAAGCCGCCAGGAAACUUCCAGGCGUUCUUGGUCUGGAAUCAGAGAGAAAAAUCAAGAUGAACUGUCACUACUGGAAAUGAAUCUGAGAUAAAUCCCAACAUAACAUCACCAUAAACGUUCCUCUCUAUAGAGACGGAUCUUUGUAGUUCACAGCAGAGCUAAUAAUUACACAGGAAGGGAAAACUUUGCCGAAAAGACUCUGACCAAGCUGCUUCACCACACUUGAUAUUUAAUAACACUUUGCUGCUGGAUAAAUUAAUGACGCCUGUGUGCAUUUUUCUAGUAACUUCUAUGUUUUUUUCUUUUUUGUUGUAAAUUACAUAAAUGCACUGCAGCUCUGGUAUCCAUGUAAAGCUGAAAAAAGCCAGCGUGUUUUGGUUUCUUUUCAAAAAUGUGCAGUAAGAAGGAAAUAAAGAGAUUCUGGUCUGCUUGAGA